AUGGCAGACUCGGAAGUGCGGAAGCGCUCUAACGUCAAAUCAAAAGAAGCAUCCAGCGACUCAGAUUCUGAUACAGCAGGGAAACCCGUCCCAGCAUCCGUCAUACGGAAAGAAGACAACGAGCGCAUAAGUAAGCUCGACAUCCUACGGUCCUUGGUAUUUGUUCUUCUCGUCUCCAGCGCCGUGAGCUAUUUCGUAACCCGCGAGAGCUUUGUCUGGAACGUGGAGAGACCAGUGUGGUCGAGACCAGAGGCUAUCAAGGCUUGGAUUCAAGGACCCAAACAAUACACCGAAGACGCCCUCGCAGCCUACGAUGGCACCGACCCUGAUCUCCCUAUCCUCCUCGCUUUGAACGGCACUGUCUACGACGUUUCUAAAGGACGGAGGCACUACGGCCCAGGGGGCGGGUAUCAAUACUUUUCCGGGGCAGAUGCCAGUCGAUCGUUUAUAACGGGAUGUUUCAAGGAGGAUAGGACGGGGGAUUUAAGGGGCGUGGAGCUGGCGUUUCUCCCCAGGGACAAUCCUGAGGUAGAUGCUCUGUAUACCCAGGCGGAACUUGAGAAACUUAAAGAGGAGGAAGUGAAGUUAGCAAAGAAACAGGCUUAUGAUGCCUUAAAACACUGGGUCGAUUUCUUCGAACAAAGCCCAAAGUACCCAAAAGUCGGAACGCUAAAGCGCGAGCCUGGUUGGGAUACCAAAGGUCCGGUGCCAACGCUAUGUAAGCAUGCGGAAGAGAGCAGGCCCAGUAGCCGGGCUAAGCCGAGCGGGACAUGA